AUGCUCUGGGGCCACACCGCCGAGGAGAUGCCCACGUCUGUGACGAACGCCAAGAUCGCCCUGCUGGAUUUUGAUUUGAAGAAGCACAAGAUGUCGAUGGGGGUGAACAUCGUGAUCGACGAUCCCGCGGAGCUCGAGAAGGUCCGCCAGAAGGAGAUGGACUUCACAAAGGACAAGAUCAAGAAGAUCACCGACGCAGGCCGGACGGCUGCCGACCUGCACAUAUUUGGGGUCAGCGCCAACACGUGGAGCUCGGCCCAGGCAGCCUUGGAUUGGUACGUGGCCCUCACGGAGGAGCAGGGCUGCCGGCGCUCGCCCAGGCUGUGGUGCGUCCAGGAGACGCGGCUGAAGUGCACCGAGCGGGAAGGACGCGCUCGGGAGUGGGCUGGCCGGCGCCACAUGGCCAUGACUUUAAGCAGGGCUGCCCCGACGGGUCCAGGCCCGCUCGAAUCUUCUGGGGGUGUGGCGGUGGGAGUCUCCCAGGCCAUCGCUUCGAGCCCCCUCGAGCUCGACAUGGGUGAGGCCUACCAGGGCCGCCUGGCAGGACGGGUCCUGAACAUAGGCGGCAUGAGGGUUGCCGCAUUCUCGGUCUACCUGGAAGACAGCUCCAGGCUCGGCGAUUUCAACAUCGGGCUGCUGGAUCUGCUGGCGGCGGAGAUCCUGAAGCUGGACGUGCCGUGGGUCGUGCAGGGGGACUGGAACAUCAGCGCGCAGGUGUUGGAGGACUCGCAGUGGGCCGACUCCCUCCUGGGUGUGAUCGUUGUGCCCUCCGGCGCCACGUGCUGGGCCCGCAGCCCGGAGCCAGACGAUUGCACCGCCACGUUCGACUUCUUCGUGGUGGCUCGGGAACUCCGGCCCCUGGUGGCGCAGGUCCGGAUCAUGGGAGGUGCGCCCACCUUCCCGCACAGUCCCGUGCACCUGGAGUUGGCGGGCCUGGGACAGCACACGUGUGUUCCCCAGGUGCGGCGAUGCAAGGCCUACCCCACGGAGCCCUGGAUAGGGCCGCGGGCCCUGCCGCCAGGUGUGGAUUGGUCUUGGAGCGGCGGUUCGGCACCCCCUUCCUUGGCAGAAGGGCUCGGCGAAUGGUUCACCGAGGCCGAGGUGCAGCUCGACGUCUUGCACGACGCUCAGGAGGCGAAUGCACGCAGGCCUGGCCGCGCCGAGGGAUACCGCCUGGUACGGGUCCCUCUCCAUGAUGCCUGGGACCGCGCGCUGGUGGAGCGCCUCGACGGCCGCGCACCCAUGUGGAAGAGCUUCCAGCUGCUCGCAGGGAAGGCAGCCAGCUUGGCAGGACGACCUCUCGGGGCAGGAGGGCGUGCACUGCGCGCUCAGUGGCAGUGCGUCCUCCGACGCACCAUCCAGACGUUGGAUUUCCAGGACUCGGGCAUCACGCCGGGGCGGGCCCAGGAGCUCCUGGACCAGCUGGACGGGGUGGACGACACGAUGCGCCAGCGCGCGCUGGAGGAACUUCAGACAGCGGAGGCGCAGGUGCAGGCGACCCACACGGCAGCCGCGCGGGCACGCACCUUCGCGGCGGGCGCCGUGCAGAACGGAGGGCGAAUCGCCCACUGGAGGAUCAAGGGGCCGCUGCCGCCGGCCGAGGCCCUGCUCGACGCCGCCUCGGGGCCCUGCCCGCUGCCCGUCAACGGGGUCGCAGCACUGGAGGUGCUGCUGCAGGCUGCCCUCGCGCCGCGCUGGGCGCUUGGCCCCGCGGCCAAGGUGCAGCAUGCGCGGAACCUUGGGACCGACGCCAACGACGGGAGCCGCCGCCGAGUCAGCAUCUGCGCCGAAAGGCAGGCCACGGCGCGGGCGCAGGCAGUCCGACUUUGGAGUUUCCGCAGCGGGGACGGGCCUGUUCACGGCAUCCAGCGCGGCGGGCCUACCGCCAAAGCCACGUGGGGUACCACCGUGACUGGGCUGGCCCCCACGGUCUUGCACCAGCUCCGGGUGCAGGUUGCACGCAGCUUUGGGCCUGUGGCCAGGGGCGCCUCGGUCGGACUUCGGCUCGCCUCCUUCGGGCGCCUCUUAAGCACGGAUCCGUUGGCCAUCAACGCGGGGGCUGUGGCGCAGCAGUGGGCUCGCGCUGUCUGGGAGGGCUUGCCGCCGCGCGGAGUCCUCCGAGCGUGCCUGACAGACGCCGCAGCGCGCUUGGGCCACCUCCGGCACCCGUGGUCGCAGGCAAUCUCCCCCGCGGACGUGGCGCUGCUGACGCUGGGUCGGUGCGGCUGGCGCUUCGAGGACGAGGCCGUUUUGGUCACCGACGCGGGCGCCCGCUUGGACCUGGUGCGCACGGCCCCAUGUCUGGUUGCCCGUCUCGCCCAAGACGCCGCUUGGCGUGCUUCGGAUUGCAUGGCACUGGCGUGCGAGGCCAAGGAGGUGCGUGACGACCACCGCUGGGUGCAGCCGAUCAGCUGGCUGGCCCUGCGGCCGCUGCUGUGGGGAUCGGCACGCAGUUGGACAAAGCGGCAGCAGAAUUCCCUCCGGGCCCUUGUGGACAACACGCAUUGGUGCCAGGAGCGGCUCCGGCGCCAUGGCCUCGCAGCGUGCGGGCUGUGCAAGCUGUGCCGGGCUAAGGCUGGCACGAUCUUCCACAGAGUGUACGAGUGCGAUGCCCAUGCCAGCCGCAGGCGGACCGCAGCAUCCCCAUUUCUGGUGGCGAGGGCCCGGCGGGCGCAGCGCGAGGGGCCCUUGUUUGCUGAGCGAUUCGCGCGCGGGAUCUUCCCGGACCCCCAGCACCUCUGGAGCGACAUCGGCUGCCAGGAGUUCGAGAUCCAUUGGUGGAAUCGGCCCAGCUCGGGCCGCCUCGGGGGCAUGCUGUUCACUGCUGAGGAGCUCACGCUAACGCUGUACGACAUCGCCCAGGAGGCCGCGCGCUGGUCAGGGGAGCUCCACGCGGUCCUGGCCGACGAGGGCACCAAGGACUGCGAUGGCUUGGAGGCCCGGCCGCAGGGGCAGCCAGAGGGCGGCGCCGAGGUGGAGCUGGUCGUCGGCGACGGCCCUAGCACCGCGCACGCCGAAGCCAGCGGUGGGCCCGCGGCUGUCGACGGCGGCGGUGUCAGAGGGGCGGCACGCAAAGGAUCCGGAGCGGCUUCGCAUCAGCUCCGGGCUGCCGAGGCCACCGCUCCGGGCCGCCCGCCCCAGACCCUGGUGGCGUGCCUGAGGUGCGGAGCCUAUGGCACGAGAUACGCCCGCAACCUGGCAGGCACGUGCCACGGGGCAACCACAACCACGCUCCAGAGCCAGAGAGCCCGCCUGGCUGACGGCCGGCACCCGGGGCAUCGGCAGUGCCGAACGUGGGUGCUCUCCACGCUGCGGGAGCCAACUUCGGCGGACCUCGCCGCGUGCCUGGGGCCAGACUUCGGCCGCGCACCAGUGGCAGGGCCCACGGUCGGACCCCAGAUGGGGAGGGGGGCGCCCAGGCGCAUGCUGACCAGGGUUGAGAUCUUGGCAGCAUACGGCUUGAACGAGGAAGACGUGGAGGCGGCCGUCAAUCGCUGGCGCCAGCGGCGGCGCGCCAGGGCCACGGAGGAGGACGAUUCCGACAUCGAGGAGUAG